GUGUGUAGGUGUGUGGAGGUGAGCGUCGGCCAGGUGACUCGUAAUCAAGGAACCCUGGGGCCGGCAUACCUGUUGGACGCCACCCUCACCCCCCACUCCCCCUCCGCUUCCCCAGCACCCCCCGCCCAACGGCUGGAAAGGAGGGUUGCCAUCAUGGGGGAGGAGAGUGAGGAGGAGUGUGACCCCCCCAGCAGCCUCCCCCCAGUCAAGCGUGUCAGACUCACCCAAACGGAUCUCCUUAACUUGCUCCUGAAUGAGGUGACAGAGAUCAGAACAUGCAUGAACACACGCCUCACCUUGCUGGAGAACAAGGUGUCGGUUUUGGUUCACACCUGCAACAAGAUUUCCUCCCGGCUAGACACCAUGGAGCAGCUGGCCACCAACUCCGCCUCCUCCUCCACCUCCGCCUCCUCCACCUCCACCUCGUCAGCCACGUCCAAGCAGUCUGACCAAAAUGUGGGCAUGGGCAUGGCGAUGGACAUGGCCGGCUCCUCCUCUGUCUUGGUGCAGGACACAGAAUCCAGCACAAACAUGAACGUCAUCUCUCUCAACUCAGAGGAUGACUUCCCUCAUGGCUCCUGGCUGGGUGACCCCUCCCAGCCCAACAUGAGGGUGCGCUGCCCCAUCACGCCGCAGAACUUGCUGCACAUCAACUCCACUUGCAUCACGGCAGAGAAGAUGGCCCUCACCCUGCUGGAUUACCUCUUCACCAAGGAUGAGCUGGCCACCUCAAACCUCUCUGGCAGAAGCCGGUGGAACAAGAAGCAGCUGGACCCCCUCAUGAUGUUCGGCAUCCGGUGCCACCUGCAGUACAAAUUCAACAUCCAUUUGAAACUGUGGCACAAGAUUUGUCAGAAUAUGGACUCCAAGUGUCGGUCUGCAUGGAAGCGGCGCAUCCGAGGCAUGGUGACUCAGCCCAAGCAGCGGCAGGCACCCCAGAUCGGCCACACCUCGUCAGUACGCAAGGACCCAGCCGUCACCGAGGACAUCUCUUUCGACUUUGACUCCCUGCAGAACUCCAACCUUGACCUGAGUGAUGUGAAGGUCAUCACUCAGUCGCCCACGUGUGAGCUGAGGAUUCUGAACGCCACACCCGAACAGAUUUCUCAGCUACAAGACACACAGGAGAUUAUUCUGUCGGAGGAGCAGAUCCUUACACCGCCCUCGAACGAGAAGAGCAUCCUGAUCAGCAACUCCUCCCCGUCAGUGGCCAUAGGGGGGGAGGGGCUGGGGGGGGAGCUGGACAUUGGCCAGUCCCCGUCGCUGGCCUCCAUCGACCACUCGGACCACCGCAUCACCCUCAAGACCGAGCCGGGCCUGGCCAUCUUGGACCAGCAUGGCAUCCUGGCCCGGGACUCUGAAACAGAUGACUGAGGGUGACAGGAUGAUGGUGAUAGGGUGACACAGGGAUGGGAUGACAGGGUGACUGGUCCUACUGUGUAUACAUCUUGUGCUUUCCUCUCCGUCACCUCAUCCUCGUCAUCCCACACGUGAUCAGAUUACUUAGGUACUUUUCUCUGUUUAUUCUAGUCUGUCUUUAUUUCAUCAAGGUGGAUUACUGUUUCUACUCAUUCCAGACUGUUUUUGUUUAUUUCAUAUCACAUUUCUACUGUGUCCUUACUCUAGAUUGAUGUUUCUACUCUUAAUAAAUCAUGUCUUGUCAUCACUUUCAACUGUCCCCUGUAAGUGCCAUGGUCUAUGUUAAGCUAUACACAAACAUUCCACUAUUACUGUAUGCCUCUAUUGGGUGGGGAAAGUCACAUGCAAGGGUACAGAGGCUACACACAAGUACUUCCUAGCUUGAUGGAGAUAUUUCAUUAAUGGAAUAAAUACUUUCCAACACUCCACUCAGCCACUUCCAGUCCAGCAUUCUAAUCACUGCACCUAUCCACCACUGUGCCCCAAUGACAGUAAUAACAUCCUUGUGUAAUUAUGACGAGAAUGGAGAAAACUAACCUCUUCGCUGUACGCCAUGACAGUUGGUCAGCCUGGUGGUGCAGUGGUUAGAAGUCCCCAGCUCGAAUCUCUGGCAGGAUGGAGAUAACUUGGCCUCUCUCUAUCUCUCUCUCCCCCCAUGCUGUAGUCUUGGUCCACUUGGGUUCAUCUCGCCAUGCUGUAGCCUCCGUUCACCUAGAAGACAUUAAUUAAGGACUGCAAGCCUCGUCAUGACACUGGAACCCUGAACCCACCCAAAGCUAGCAUUGAGGUGCUUGGCUUGAUCCCUCUCCCUCUUCAUGUUAAAGGCACAACCUCUGAUGACUGAUACUUUUGAUUCAUUACACUCACUCGCCUAACUAUUAAAUUUUUUUUUUUUUUUUCUGUCAUUAGACCACUAUGGCUUUUACUUCCACCUUGCAAGCUAAACAUGUGUACUUUAACUCUGUAGUCACUCAUACAUAAAUAUCUUUUGGUGUGCUUGUCCUGUUCAUUUACACAUUCACUUUCUUUAGUUUUCUAUUGUUAGUUCAGUCACACCACCACCAGACCAUCACAUCACCACUCAUCUGCAACAUCAAAGGUAAUCUCUGCUAUGCCUAGACAUCACAUCACCACUCAGGUAUCCACCACUCCUAUGCAUCAUGACUCUCUGUGCUCCUCCUCAUCCCAGCAGUGAGGCUCCACAGUAUUCUCAAACAUAUCACUCAUUCUUCUCAGUGUUCCUCCUUCCCCGGUAUUCUCAGUACGUCUCAUGCACACCCUGCUGUUCUCCCUCAGUCCUGUUCACUUGCUCCUUUGUGUUUUGUUUCUUGUAUUUCUUUCUCUGGUUUAUGAAUUACUGGGAAGCUGCCUCAUCAGUCUUCAUGUUGACCACUCUUCCCUCAUAGGCUUACUAAUACCACUUGUACUGUGUAAUUGUAUUUAACAAAUUAUAUUUUUCAAGAACUUUACUUCAGUCAUUUACUCCAUAUAUGUACAAGUGACUGGCUGCUGUUUGUACUGUCAGUGACAAUGACAGUAUUGUUUUAACACUAACUGUAGCUCUUUGUAACCACGAGUCCAAGACUGGAAGCCCCAGGGCUGUAAAUCACUGCAGGAGGUUGUUCCUCCAAAACUGUUAUAUUACUACACAUACUAAUUUUAUACUUUUAAUAAUUAAGAGCUUUAGAAGCAAGCUGGCCUUUGAAGCCCCUUGGCUAAUGUAUGUUGUACCUGAGUAUUACCCAUUGUCAGUCUGGUGCAGGUGUUGCGACUUGCACUGCUUGUUAUCACUUUGUCAGUAUUAUGGGAAAAGUACUGGAAUCAUUAUGUGAAAAUUUCAAGGCAGGUGUCUGUCACCAGGCGUUGCCCUUCCCACUCAGCAAGCUUCAUGUUGGCACGUGUUCUGACUGAAUUACUAAAUUGAAAGACUUGAAAAUAAAUUAUGCAGUUUUCCUAUACAUGAAUCCAGACUUUGGAUUAAUAUCACCAUCAUGAAAUUAGUACUGGAUUCAUGCACAAACCCUGGAGCACUACAUACCUGAAGGCAGGGGCUGUGUGAGAGGCAGCACACACUUGAGGCAAGGGUUGGGUGAAGGCAACACCUGGCAGACACCUUUGCCAGCCCCUCAUUAUACAUUAGUAACCUAUAAUUCUUGUAUUCUGUAAAAAGAUAAAUAAUGUUAAAUCAGAAAUUGUGAGGCAGAGGGGAGAAUGGUGUGUGUGUGUGUGUGUGUGUGUGUGUGUGUGUGUUUUGACAGCCUGUUGGAGUGGCCUGUCAGUAAUGCAUAGACUGUAGCUGCCCAUCAGGCCCCUGCACCAUCUCUACCUCACUCCAUCACCUCACCAACACAGCCACUCGUGUGCCACCAGCUUUGUCAACCACCACCGUGAGGCCUGACAGAGACAACCUCCUGAUCAUCAUGUAGAAACUGUCACACCAACCAGAACUUACCAUCGCCAGAGCCUUCAGGUGUCCUCGUGUAGGCAUCUCCCUCAGCAGGAAGGUCCCCAAGAUUCAUGGCCGUCAACCUGUCAAUAAGAAGAAGUGAGAGUGAUGCUGUGACUUGUGUCUUGGUUCAUGUUGAGCAGGGAAGCCUUCCAAUGCAGCUAUUUUGAUUAUGUAUGAUUGUACCAAACACCAGAUUAUAAUUACCUAAUAAAAAGUCUUGUAAUAUAA